AUGAAGCUACAUUCACUGAGCAGACAGCGAGAUAUCGCACUGCUAACAUCUAUCCUCCGCAUUUCUCAACCAAUUUGCGCCAGCUGUACUCGUCCCAAGUACCGGAACCACGGUGAUGCACGAAAACCUUCCUCGCCGCGUUCCUUCUCCGUCCUCAGCCGACCUCCCCCAAACUAUCCCGGCCAUGUCCCGCUUACCAGUGUCGAACGUGUUGGUCUCGCAAUCGGAAGUGCCAUCGCCUCUCUAAUUGACCCUUACCGGCACGACAUGAUUGCGGCGUGCGGAGAAGCCACAGCGCAACCAUUCUUUAUCUCCUGGCUGCGCAAGCGGAUGCUCUCGGAUCCCACUGGCAGGCGCAUAUUGCGAGACAGACCGCGGAUAACUUCGAAGACGAUGUCGUUGGAGAAGCUGCGACAGUUGCCGGAGAAUAGUGUUGGGAGAGUGUACGCCGCAUGGCUCGAUAGAGAGGGGGUGACGCCAGACACAAGAGACGCAGUGAAGUAUGUUGACGAUGAGGAGGAGGCAUACGUUAUGCAGCGAUAUCGUGAAUGCCACGACUUCUACCAUGCCGUGACGGGGCUGCCGGUGUGGGUAGAGGGUGAGCUCGGACUGAAGGCAUUUGAGUUUGCUAAUACCGGGCUGCCCAUGACUGGGCUCGCCUUAGCUGCAAUGGUUCGGCUAAAACCACGAGAGAGGCGGAGGAUGUUCCAGACUUUCUUGCCCUGGGCGUUUGCGAACGGUUGGAAGAGCAAGGACCUGAUCAACGUGUACUGGGAGGAAGAACUUGAGACGGAUGUUGCGGACUUGCGUAACAGACUGGGCAUCGAGCAGCCGCCUGAUCUGAGAGCCAUCAGGAAGAAACUGAGGGAAGAGCGCAAGGCUGCAAAGGCUGCCUUAUCAUAG